AUGGAAGAGAAGGAAGACAGGCUAGAGAUGACGUACCUGAUCCCCAAAGAGCUGAAAGCCCCCAGAGCGGACACUGUGGAGCUGCAGAAAAUCCGAAGCACUUCGGAGCUCACGGACGACAUGGACGUGAAGUUCUUCCAACACCUGUUUUCCACGGGCACAGGCGGAUGGCAGAAUGGAUAUGGAAGCUUCUCCCAAUACGCUCGCAAGCUCUCGGGCAACAUCAACGUGAGGAGAAUCCCGGGCGACUCGGCUGCACAUCCCAGCUGGAAAGCUUAUCGUCAACCAAUUAAGGAGAAUCCCCCGGGCGCCUCGCCUGCAAAUCUGGAAAGCUUCUCGCCACCAUUAGAGAAUCCCGGCGACGCGGCUGUCAAUCCCAGCUGGAAAUCGUUAUCGAGAAUCCCGGGCGACUCGGCUGCAAAGCUGAAAAGAUUAUCGCCAACCAAUUACGGAGCGAAUCCGGGCGACUCGGUUGGCACAGCUGAAAGCCUUAUCGCCAACCAAUUAAGGAGAAUCCCGGGCGACUCGGCUGCAAAGCUCAGCUGGAAAGCUUAUCGCCAACCAAUGAAGAGAAUCCCAGGUGCUUAUGCUCAACCAGAAUGGGGUGCAGCCGAGUCGCUUCAGUCAACACAAAGUCCUGCCCUUCAGAACGUCACGGUCGGCGACGUCAUCUCAGCCAUGGGAUCUGAAGCCCAUAGUCACGAAGCACUGUCGCGGCAGACGCAUCUGGCAAUCCUGAUCAACGGACGAUGGCAGCCAGAAGAGCAGCCAGUCGACUGGUGCGACAGCAUGCUCGAAGACACGUGCGAGGACUUGGAGAGCAGAGACCACUCGAUUCGCGACUCCGAACAGGCGGACUUCGAGGACGGGUUCGACGACUGGGACUGGGUCGACAGUGAGAUGCAGCGCGAAGCCGAGGAAGAUGCGCGUGAGAGAGUACAGUGGAGCAAAGAAAUGGAAAUCCAGAAUGAAUACCGCCAGCGUCUCGCCAACAUGACGGUGAAGUACCUGAACAUGCAAGGUAGCGAAACCCACACCUCGAAGCCUUAUCCACUCUGCCAUGUCGAACCGUGCGAGUCUUUCCGGGAAGCCUGGCUGCACACUUUGCACGAAGGAAACAGCCCAGAUCGCCGUCUCUCCCUGCGCCAACUACGUCUCAGACGACAAGAAAUUAAGAAGCCUAUCCCGGCGGAAACGCUGCAAUAUCGCAGCGCCAGGGAAGUCUUGCUUCACGAUUUGGACAGCGGUCCUGCAGGACCCAUCCCCCUCGACACCACGAAGCUGGUCUUGGGCGGGGGCGUGAUCACAGACACCUGGAGCUGGCGUGAACUGUUGGGUCACAGCUUGAGCAACGACGUCGUGCACGUGCAAGUUGUCUACAUCUCAGAGAAAGCCACAGGUGCAAAAUCUGAGGAUUCAGGAUUCGUUGCCAUGGCCCCUUGUCAUCGGUGCGGCUUCGGGACAAGGAGCGGCAGAGGACAGGGAUGGUGCAGCAAUCCGCAGUGCCGCCAAGCCGAAAAAGAGGAGUGCCUGGCCCAGAAGAGCGCAGAGAAAAUUGUUUGGCAGCAACAACGGGCAGCGCAGGGAGCGGGCAGUCGUGGACCCUUGCGCGAAGAGAACAGCAGAAAGGCAGAGCGCCGACAGCUGCAUGAGGCAAGGGCGCGGGCAAAGGCAGAGGAGGAAGCAGGCGGCCGUGGACCUUUGCGUGAAGAAGACAGCAAAGAAGCAGAGCGCCGACAGCUGCGUGAGGCAAGGGCGCGGGCAAAGUCAGAGGAGGAAGCGGGCGGCCGUGGACCUUUGCGGGAAGAAGACAGCAAAGAAGCAGAGCGCCGACAGCUGCAUGAGGCAAGGGCGCGGGCAAAGGCAGAGGAGGAAGCGGGCGGCCGUGGACCUUUGCGGGAAGAAGACGGCAAAGGGGAAGAGCGCCGACAGCUGCGUGAGGCAAGGGCACGGGCAAAGGCAGAGGAGGAAGCGGGCGGCCGUGGACCUUUGCGGGAAGAAGACAGCAAAGAAGCAGAGCGCCGACAGCUGCGUGAGGCAAGGGCGCGGGCAAAGGCAGAGGAGGAAGCGGGCGGCCGUGGACCUUUGCGGGAAGAAGACGGCAAAAGGGAAGAGCGCCGACAGCUGCGUGAGGCAAGGGCGCGGGCAAAGUCAGAGGAGGAAGCGGGCGGCCGUGGACCUUUGCGGGAAGAAGACAGCAAAGAAGCAGAGCGCCGACAGCUGCGUGAGGCAAGGGAGCGGGCAAAGGCAGAGGAGGGAGUGGGCGGCCGAGGGCCCAGGCCUUGA